AUGUCAACACGAGCCAUCAUUUCGCAAAAGCCAAUGUCAUCACAUACCGCCUCAACCGUUCUCGCGUCCGCGUUGUGCUACUUUUGCAGUUCACUGCCAUUCCUUCUGUUGGCAUUUCUUCUUGUCUUGUCAUCAUCUAUUCUUGAAGCCAGAGAAUUAUAUUUCGGCCCUUCAAAUGCCAAUCAAGUGUGUUCUUCUUCUGCCACUUCAAAUUCAACCAAGUUAUAUUUCGAUACUUGGUGUGAACAUGUCAAUCCAUUUGCAUCCACACCUCAACCAUUGGCAGAAAUUUCCAUCUUCAAUGGAUCCUUUUCGAUGGAAUGUGGUGAAAAUUCCGUUCAUAUAGUCCAUGAUAAUGACCCUGUCGAUGACGACCAAUUACAAGGAUGUUAUGGAGUGAUGGGUGUGGUCGCUCUCGAACAAGGUCUUGUCAAAGCCUUUCGAAAUGGACUCAUCAUUCAAGUCUCCACAGAAAGUCCUUACCAUCAACGUGUACUUUUUCACAGUCGCCUAUACUCUCCAUCGAUCAUGCUUUUUGAGGGUUUACCAAAAAGUAUGGCUUCUCUUACUUCUUCAUAUUCACGUGAUUAUGUGGCAUGGAUUCAGAGAGAGACUUUGUCCUCACAUAAAACAAAUCAUUAUGCUAUUUAUUUGUACGUUUUGGAUGAUUUCAAAAGCUCAUCUCCUUCCUCUCCAUGGGACUAUCAAUUGGAUGGACAGGAUCUCAUGGAAGUGGUACAAUUGAAAAUGAUGAGAGAUUUGCGCGAUUUCUCUCGUACCUAUGCAGUUGUUCUGUUGAAAUAUUCAAGUUAUUUCAAGAUCAUCUUUUUUGAUUGCUAUGCGAAACGUGUGGCAACGACAUGGUUUAUUUAUCCAGAGAAAUUUGACAAGUCAUCAAAGAUUCGAUUGGAUGUUUCUACACAGUAUGGAGCAUUUAAGUACAAUGCAGCCAUGAGAAUUCAUCCAGAUAACAUUUAUUACAAUUCUUAUGGAAGAACAUUAAUCACCAUCUAUUCAGAAAAGGAAGUAAGAGUGUAUGAAUUUGAUCACUCGAUUGGAAAAAACAUUAAUUUCAACUUUGAAGAUCAAUACACAUCAUUCUAUGAGGUCCGAGAUGCAAAUACUGUCAUUACGCAUGCAAGUUUAAUUCCAGAAUGGAUUCGAAGACCUCUCUCAAUGUCCUAUACGACCUCAUGCUACAAUGUGAAUUUUCCAAAAUCUCAAAACAUCUUUUUAGGUUUAGGACUCAAACGAAAAGGAGCAACAAAGGACAAUUACAAAUUCUUGUUACAUCAUAUUUAUGAAUUUAGUGAAUACUCUGAAAUUACUUUUCCAAAUACGAACACUGCUGGAAGAUCGUUUUUGUUUAAUUGCAUUUCAAAUCAAUAUUUAGAUCCAUUGACUCGGUCUUGUAAAAAUAAUAUUGAAAAAGUAGUGGAUUUGAAUGAUGAGCUUGUUUCCAUUACAUCAAGAUUGUCGGAUAUUACAACGACUGUGAAUGGACAACCGUCCUAUGAUUUAACAGGCCAUUUGAAUCCAUCUGUGAUUUGUCAAUUACCAUAUUUAGGAAAUAGUUCAAAUGCUCCAAAUCGUACCUUGUGUAUCAGUGACACUCAAUUCAUGUAUUGCGAAAGCAGCAUCUUCAAUUCCUUCACAGAUUCAAGAAAUCUCUAUACUUUCUUUCACAAUUAUUGGCACACUCAAUUGUUCUUGCAAACAAGUAAGGAUAUGACCAUUUAUGCCAUGACCAUUCAACUCUCCAAUCAAACUCAAGGUGAAACCAUUCUCAAACAAGUGAAUUCCAUGACCUUACCUGGAACAAUUAUUCAUACUUUCAAUUCUCUCAAUAAUCAACACUUGUUUCUUUCAUUGACAAGAAAGAAAUGGGAAAUUGAAGCUGAAAAAAGAUAUCAAUUAGUUUGUGACACGUUGAGAAAUGAUCCAGAUAACGUGUUUUUAAAGGACUUUAAAGAUCAAUGUGUCUUGUCUCCUCCAAAACCUUUCGAUGAAAAUCAUUUUGCCAUGAUUGUGAAUUCGUGUCUGGAUGGGCAUUUAUGUGCGGAUUUUUCAAUGAACACUAUUUCACAAGAUGUUGCACCAGGAAUGUUUGUCGAUCGAUCGAUUUAUGUCACUACGUGCCCACUUGGUAGUUAUUGCAUUAAGGGAAUCAAAAUUCCUUGUCCUUAUGGCUAUGUUUGCUCGUCCCUUGGUUUGAUCUAUCCAGAAAAAUGUUCAGCCUCUUCCAAUAUGGAAUCAUGUUACAGAGAAGGUCUUAGCAAAUCCUUUUCAUGUCCCAAUGGAACACUCUGUACCACAAGUUAUUUAAGACCAAUUCCAGCAAGUCCUGGACAUUUUGUGAAGAAAAUGAAAUUUAAAAAUUCAACCAUUGCAUUGAUGGGAUUAACCAUGUGUGAAAAAGGUGAUUAUUGUAAUUUAGGAAGAGAAGUGAUCGUGGAAGAGAGACAACCUUUUAAUUAUUCAUCCUUGUUGUGUCCACAAGACACUUAUUGUGUGGAUAAUUCAGUGUUGCAACCUUCCUUUUGCGAGUAUAACAAUGAUACCAUUGAUUAUUGCCCAAAUGGAACCAUUACCAAAACACCAUGUCCCAAAGGAUAUUAUUGUGAAAAUACUCACACCAUGGCCACAUGCGAAUCAACUCAAUACUGCCCUGAAGGUUCCAUCACUUAUCAACUCUGUCCAAAAGGAUAUUAUUGUCCAAAUGCAACUGUGAAAAUCAUUUGCCCGUCUGGUUAUUUCUGUGCACCUGGUUCCGUUCGACCAAGUGAAUGUUCAUGGUUUUUAUCGUUGUGUCCAGAAGGUAGCAGUACGGAUCAAAUGACUGUCGGUGGAUUGAUACUCUUUGGAAGUAUUUUGUUUUUUAUUUUCAUGAUUAAUGUCAUUUAUGAAAUUGCGUUCAAAAUGUAUGUGAAAAUUAGUGCCAAAUUAAGAAAAAAGAGAAGAGAACUCGGUGAAAAAUCUUCUCUGUUUUCAGCAAAACAAAGAAGAGAUUUAAUCACAUCAUCGAUGGCAACAGCAAGUUUUGUUCAAGACAAUUUCACUGUCGAUAUUGGAUUUGACAAUCUUGGACUUAUUUUGAGAGGCUCGGGAAAGAAAGUUCUUCAUGGUGUGACAGGAGAAAUCAAACAUGGACAAUUAACUGCUGUCAUGGGAUUGUCUGGUUGCGGAAAAUCCACAUUCAUUACGACUUUGGCCAAUCGAGCAUAUUACGGAACUCAAGUUGGAAAAGUUUUUGUGAAUGGAGUGGAGGAAAAAUUGUCCAAUUACAAUCGAAGAAUUGGAUUUGUGCCGCAAGAUGAUAUCAUGAUUCCUACCAUGACCGUGGAGGAAACCUUGUACUUUUCUGCAAGAACUCGCUUAGAUUCAAAAAAGUCUAAACAAGAAAUUGAUGCCAUUGUGAAUGAUGUCAUUAAGGUUCUAAAUUUGGAAGAUGUCAGACACUCUGUCAUUGGAGAUCAAGAGAAGAGAGGAAUUUCAGGAGGUCAAAGAAAAAGAGUGAACGUUGGAAUCGAGUUAGUAUCCUCUCCUUUGGUUCUCUUUCUUGAUGAACCAACAAGUGGACUCGAUAGCGCAAGCUCCAAAGAAGUGUGUGAAGCCCUUCAAAAUAUUUCCAGAGUAGGCAUCAAUGUCAUCACUGUCAUCCAUCAACCUCGAUAUGAAAUUUUCACAAUGUUCGAUACUUUACUUCUUCUCGGAAAAGGAGGAAGAACUAUUUAUUUAGGACCAGUGGACCGAGUCGAAGAAUAUUUUGAAAAGGAAUUUGGAUUUGUGAAACUCAAUGGAAUUAACUUAGCAGAUUUUAUUAUUGACAUCUCAGCAGGUAUGGUUGAAAAUGAGAAGGAUCCAAAUUUCGAUCCUCAUUCAUUACCCGAGUAUUGGGAAGAGAGAAAACACAAAUAUGAUGACAAUGCUCGAGCAAGUCUUGGAAUUGGAGGUUUCCUUGAUAGAGAGACGACCACUUCUACGACCACUCUUUCAGUCAAUUCCGAAAAUGCAUUGAAUCGUUACUCUAUUGAGAAACAAUCUCUUGUGACGGCUCCCACUCCAAGAACCAAACGAAAAUUCAUCAACCCAAGACUUCCAUAUUUUGCACAAUUUUGGAUAUGUUUCAAACGAAGUAUUGUACAAUUAUUGAGAGGAUUACCAAGUCUUGUUCUCGAUUUUUCACUCAUCUUUCUAUGUGCUUCCUUCCUUGGAUUACUGUUUUACAAUAAGGUCUAUGUGGGCCCUCCUCCAGCCAAUGUCUAUGAAAAAUGUCCAGGAGAUUUACAAAAAGUUUGUAAACAACCUACAGAGGAUCCAAUUGCUACCAUCUCUGCAUUAAUGUCUCUUUCGAUGGCAUUGAUGGGAUCGAUGGCUGCCCUGAGAGUUUUUGGAAAAGAAUACUUGAACUUCUACAGAGAGAGUCAAACAGGUCUGAGUACUUUUUGCUAUUUUUGGGCAAAGGACAUGUCCAUGUUAAUUGUGAAUAUUUUCGCACCCAUAGUUUUCUUGACCAUUUACUAUACCACAGUUGCUCCUCAAGCUUCCGUGUUGGAAUAUUACUAUACUCUGUUUUUAGUCUAUUGGGCCUCUUAUGGAUUGGGAUAUUUCGUUAGUAUUCUUGUCAAGCCAAAUGUGGCUCAAUUAACCUCUGUAGUGAUUGUGUUCAUAUUCAAUGUGUUCAGUGGUUCGACAACUCCUCUUCCAACACUCCGUGACAUGUAUUUCCCAAUUAAUAUUUUCCCAGCACUCUCCUACUUGACAUAUAGUCAUGAAAACAUUUACCUUAUUGAGCUUGAAAAAUACAGGCACUUGUAUAACACGACGACGAGCAUGGAAAAUAUGGGUUACAAAUGGGAUGAAUUGGAACUUACGAUUGGAAUGGUAGUGCUAUUUGGAAUGCUUUUCAGAUUUGCUUCUUUUUGUGCUUUGGUUUGUGUAAAACCUUCAAGUUUGUUCAACUUGGUCAUGUUCUCUAUUCAAAACUUUUUCUUGAACAAAGUAAGAGCAAUUAUGAAGAAUUUUAGGAAACAGUAG